AUGAAAGUUCUUUCUCGAGGGUCAAUCAGGGAAGCCCCAAAUCCGAUUACAUGGCUGAACGGCCUCAUCUCCUUGCAAUCCAGCGGUGGCUGGGACACCUCGGAUGUUAUCCGUGCUUGGAACGACGGGGCAGCUGCCCGUGACAGGUUGACGGGCCAGCGUUUUAUGACGGUGCGUAAUGUGUUGGAAAUGGAAGGAUCGGUGCGAGAAAACAUUGUGUCCAUGGUCAACAAACUGGGAUCGCCGUACUCAGACGAGAAUUUGAGUUCGAAGAAGCUGCUUCCGGGCUGGCAGUUCAAAGGUGCUAAAGUGACGAAGCAAAGCAACUGGGCCCGCUACGGCAUGGUCACCACGGAAUCCGCUACCUACACCCUCCAGUACACCAACAGUGUGUUCGAGGGGAUGCCGAAAACACUCCGUCAGAAGCCCACGAAAGCAAUUCUCGAGCAGAGAAGUGAGUUCUGUGCAUUGGCCGUGGCUUUGCGAGAGGAUCUCGUCAAGGAGAUCCCGAACAUAGAAGAUUACAUCAACAAGAGGUGGCUCAAACGUCUCGCGGCGGGCGAUGUCGCCUUGGAGGUAGAGCUGUGUGCUGCUGUUGCUUCGGUGUUUCGGCAUACGGCCCAAGGAGUUGCGAGAGCUUGCGACAACUCGUGGAUGAGUUCAGUGGUGGCCGGCCUGGUACUCAGUCCAAGGGUGCGGCCAGCGUGA